AUGGAAGAUAAGAAAAAGAAAAAGCAAGAAGAGAAGAAAAAGAGAGAAGCCCCUCAGAAAAAGGCCACAGAACAGUUAACCAAAGUGCCAGACUCUGCCAAGUUCGACCCCACCCCUCCUCUUCCCCCUGUCAACCCCAGUGCCAUCCCAUCGGUAUCCCCAAGCAGUGGCAAUGGCAAGCGUGCCCCCUCCGGAGGCCAGCCACAGACAGCACAGCAGCUCCAGACUCUGCUUCAGCAGCGCUACCUGCCCAGAGAGGUACCCCCUCGCUUCCGCCAACAGGAGCACAAGCAGCUGUUGAAGAGGGGCCAGCCUCUGCCCUCUGGGACCUUGCCUCUCACCACCACGGGACUUCCUGCUACUAUUGAACCUGCAGCAGCUAUACAGUCUUCUUCCUCUACAGCCAGCUUACCUACAGAACUGCCCCCACAGAGCAGCCAGGGAACCCAGUAUGAUAAUCCCCACUGGGGACACCUGCCAGCCAACAGGAGUGCCACAAGUGCUGCAUCUUCCACCAAUCUCAGUGGCUGGGAGCAACUGAUCAUUGACCCGAAAGACACAGAGGCUUGGCCUUCUAUUACUCUCAGCCAGAGCCAGGCCCCUCCAGGAGGAUGCCCUUUGGAUACUGACUCUGGUCUCCUGACCAGCAGCAGCAGCAGCAGUAGUACUAGUAGUAGUUGUAGUACAGUGAGCAUGGCCACAGGGACCAAUAGUCAGACAGGCCACUUCUCUGCCAACCACCUUUGCAGCAAGGCCAACAGUGGGCCUAGCUCUGCCAGUCAUACUGGAACCAGCAUGCUCUCUAGCCAGGUUGCAGCCAAUUGCAGCUGGGGCUCUGGGCCUGGACCCUCCCAUUGCCCCACUCAGUCCUCAGUGGGGAGUGAAGGGAAGAAUGACAGCCCUGUGAUCGGAGGAGGCAGCAGGUGCUGGGGCUCUUCUUCUUCUUCCUCCACAACCAACUUUAACUUGAACCUAAACCCUAAUGCCAACCCGUCUGCCUGGCCUAUGCUGGGGCAUGAUGGGGGUGGCAGAGGGGGAGGCAGCUCAGGAGGAGCCAGCACCAUUUCACCUCCUCAACCUACACCCAACCUCUGUAAUCCGCCUGGCCCCCCACCAGCCCAGACCAGCACAUGUACUGGAGCCAACACUAACAGCAACUCCUCGGGAAUUGGCGGCGCCUGGGGUAAUAUAAUGGCUUCUGAGACAUCAGAGCCGCACCCCUCCCCGUCCACGAAUGUGUCUUUCAGUUCAGAACCUCAGAACCUUAAAACUGACGGACCAAAUCAUACUAAUAAGCAGGAACCCCCCAGCCCUAUUCGCAACUUACCUGGCUGGGGUAGUGGACCUGUAGGCUUGGGUUCCAUGGGCCAGUCCCCACCUGGGGGUCCACAGGUUAAUGGAGAAGAUGGUAGUUCAGUAUGGGGUAACAGUGGUGACUCGAAGGCACCUUCAUCUAAGGAGGCACCUAGCUGGGGCCAUGGUGGAGGUGGAGCAGGAAACUCUGGAGGUUGGGGUGACCAGUCCAGUGGAGACUGGGGGAAGCAGCACACUGAAGAAGCUCCGGGAGGCUGGGAGGCCCCCAACUCUCCUCCUCAGGAUCCACAGGCUAGUUCCUGGAGUAGAGCUAUGAGUACAGCUGGUGCCAGUGAAGGGAGCAGUGACAGCAUGGAAGGACAUCCUCGGCGAAGAGACCACCCUUCCAGAGAUAAUCCAGCUCCUCUGCUACCUGCCCAGGAUUUGGACCCCAGGGUGCUGUGUAACACUGGCUGGGGACAGACCCCUGUUCGUCAGCACACCUCCUGGGACAUGGAUGAUACUAAGCGUAAGAAUGAUGUAGGCACUGAAUCAUGGGGCUCUGGCCCAACCACUCCAAGUGAUGUCCAGGGGCCCUCCAACACUAACAUGGGCCACACUCAGAGGGCUGACUCUGGGAGCAAAAAUGAUGUGCCUGGUUCUCAGGGAGCUUCAGGUUGGGGUGGAAGCAUAGCUGCUACCAACCAGUCCAGCUCUGGCUGGGGAGAACCACCCAACAACAUUAAGCCCCCAGGUGGCCCUGGUGGCUGGGGAAACCCUCCAACAGGAGCCUCCACCACCACUAUGCCCAAGAAUGGUGGUCAGUCCUGGGGAGAGGAGAAGUCAGCUGGGUGGGAUGAAUCUCAAAUCAAGACACCAUCCCAGAGCUGGGGAGCACAACCCAAAACAUCCCAUGGCUGGGGCAAUAGUGGAGGGAGCAAUAACACAGGGGACUGGGGAGAACCAGAAGAGAGCAAAAAGAGUCCCACCAACCCUGCCUGGGAGGGAGAAGCAGGAGGCUGGAAGGAAAACCCACAUGGUUGGGGAAUACCUAAUUCAGGACCUGGGAUAUCUGGAUCUGCAGGAAAUGGGGGCUGGGGAGAGCCAGCUUCCCAGCGUUCCAGUGGCCCUCCUCAAGGUUGGGGAGGUAAGCCUCAGGAUGGGCCCAGUGUUAGUAGUGGAGGAGGGGGCAUAGGCUCUUGGAGUGCGUCGGGCUCAGUGAAGCAGGGUGGAGGCUGGGGUGGCAGUAAGCAGGAGUCCUCAGGUGAGCCUACAGGCUGGGAAGAGCCCUCCCCACCGUCAAUCCGACGUAAGAUGGAGAUAGACGAUGGGACCUCAGCUUGGGGUGACCCUGGUGCCUACAACAAGGCAGUCAACCUGUGGGACAGAAACAAUCCAGGAAUGACGCAGGCUAAAGUUACCGCUGCAGGCAGUAACCCCCCAGGUCCCAGCAACAGCCAACCCCACUCUCACAAUCACCCCUAUCACGGGCCACCUACACCUUUACAGAACCACAGCCAAAACUCCCAAAACCCAGGACCAACUAGUGUGCCCAUGGAUCCUGUUGUGCAGCACCAGCCUGGGCCAUCUCACAGCAGGGGUCCCCUGAUAACUCAAGGUUGGGGAGAGCUAACCAGCUCCCAUACAAAAUCCGAGAGCUCCUGGGGGGAACCUGCACCCUCGCCAGUCAGCGUGGACAACGGAACGUCUGCCUGGGGCAAACCUAGUGGGAACUGUGGAGGCUGGGGCGACAACAACCCGGACAGCUAUGGCAGGGCCAACCCAACAAUGACAUCUGCAUCUUGCAAACCUGCCCCCAAACCUAUGCAAGACGGAUGGGGAGGUGGAGGUGAGGAGCUGAGCCUGUCGAGUGGCCAGUGGGAUGCUGAGGACGGGGACAUGUGGAACAGCGCUGCCUCCCAGGAGAGCAACUCUUCCUGUAACUCCUGGGGCAAUGCAUCCAAAAAGGGCCCACAAAAGGGGAAGGUUCCAGGGAAGCAGGAAGAUGCCUGGAUCAUGAAUCGUCUGAUUAAACAGCUGACAGACAUGGGUUUCCCUAGGGAUCCGGCAGAGGAAGCUCUGAAGACUAACAACAUGAACCUGGACCAGGCCAUGAGUGCCCUGCUGGAGAAGAAGAUGGAGCUGGACAAGCGCGGGAUGGGGAUAGCCGGCCACGACUACAACAAUGGGCUCAUCAACAAGCCCAUGAGCUGCCCUCGGCCUCCGCUUCUUUCCAAAGACCCCUCAGCAGACUCCCGCUUGCCCUUCAUGGAUAAGCAGAUGCAGAGUGGAAUGUUUGGCAGCGGUGGAGCAGCACAAGCCCGGGCCAUGCAGCAGCCGCAGCCAACUCCGCAGCCGCCAGUGCCACCUCUCAGCUCCUCGCAGCCUAGUCUACGUGCUCAAGUGCCUCAGUUUCUCUCCCCUCAGGUUCAAGCACAGCUCUUACAGUUUGCAGCAAAAAACAUCGGUCUGAAUCCUGCACUUUUAACCUCACCAAUAAAUCCUCAACAUAUGACCCUUCUGAAUCAACUUUACCAGCUGCAACUGGCAUACCAGCGUUUACAAAUUCAGCAGCAGAUGUUGCAGGCGCAGCGCAACGUUUCUGGCCCCAUUCGACAACAAGAGCAGCAAGUUGCACGUACAAUCAAUAACAUGCAGCAACAGAUCCAACAGCACCAGCGCCAGCUGGCCCAGGCCCUGCUCAUGAAGCAGCAGCAACAGCAGCCACCCCUCUCCCACUCAGGCCUGCAUCCUGGUGGGGCCAAAUCUACCCUGGAUUCAUUUCCAGGUCCUCCCCAGGCUCAAGGCCUCCCUGACCUGCAGACCAAAGAGCCACAGUCAUCUCCCAACACCUACAGCCCCUACUCUCUCUCUGGACUGAAUCCAAACAUGAAUGUAAACUGCAUGGAAGUGGGAGGUAUGUCUAUGAAGGAACCCCCUCAGCCCCAGUCACGCCUGUCACAGUGGACUCACCCCAACUCCAUCGAAAGCCUCUCUGGUAGCUCCUCUCCUCUAGAGCCCAACCUUGGCAAGCAUGGUGCCAGCCUGGGCCCCCCUGGUAAGCCCCCUCAGCUGGAAGACUCUUACAACCCUUACAACUUGAUGUCCAGCUCAGAGUCUCCUACCAGCCCCCUGGUCCCCCAAGACAGCUGGGGACAGGGCAAGAGCAGCAGUGACAAGAUGGCCAAUGGGACCAGUAUCAACUGGCCACCAGAGUUCUGCCCUGGUGUGCCCUGGAAGGGCCUGCAGAAUAUCAACCCUGAGACUGACCCCAACGUGACCCCCGGCAGCGUUCCCAGUGGCCCCACCAUCAACACUAACAUCCAAGAUGUCAACCGCUACCUGCUGCGGGACAGGAGCGGAGGUAAACUGUCAGAGAUGAAAUCUACUUGGUCUCCUGGCCCCAUUUCUCACAGCCAGGCCUCUCUGUCCCAUGAGCUGUGGAAGGUCCCCCAGGGCCACAGGAGCAGUACUACGGUCCCUUCUCGGCCCCCGCCUGGCCUCACUAAUGCCAAGCCUUCUUCAACCUGGGGGGGCAACUCCCUGGGUCUGGCUCAAGGUUGGAGCAGCUCUUACACCACAGCGGGCACCACGUGGAGUACAGACAGCUCCACCAGGACCAGCAGCUGGCUGGUUCUGAGGAACCUCACUCCACAGAUUGAUGGCUCGACUCUGCGGACACUGUGCAUGCAGCACGGCCCUCUCAUCACAUUCCACCUCAACCUGACACAGGGCAAUGCUGUGGUGCGCUACAGCUCCAAGGAUGAAGCUGCCAAGGCUCAGAAGUCCCUGCACAUGUGUGUGCUUGGGAACACCACCAUCCUGGCUGAGUUUGCUGGUGAGGAGGAAGUGAACCGCUUCUUUGCACAGGGCCAGUCGCUCGGUGGAACGACCAGCUGGCAGGCCACUCCAGGCACCAAUCAGACAAGGAUGGGUGGGGCUGGGUCUGGAGCCUCUCACCCCAUCAGUCACUCACCCCACUGGAAUACCAACAAUGGUGGCGGCGGCGGCAGCAGCAGUAGCAGUGGCCUGGGAGCAAGCGGAGCAAAGGCAGGUGGAGAGUUGCUGUGGGGUGGUGUUCAGCAGUAUUCCAGCCUGUGGGGACCCCCAAGUGGAGAGGAGGGACGGGUCAUGGGGAGUCCCACCCCAAUCAAUACGCUGCUGCCUGGGGACCUGCUGAGUGGGGAGUCCAUGUAGAACAGAAGAGCCCAGGCUAACAAACACCAACUAGAGCAAAAACCUUUCAAAUCAAUGUGGAGAUAAUCAGUAUGGGUGUAACAAUGGAAAGGAGAGACGAGAGGAGGAUGAGGCUACAUCCUCGCUGCUCACCCUCGUCGGCCUCCUCUACUCCUUUUGUUUUAAUGACAUUUGUUUAAUUUCAGCGGGAGAUUUUUAUCACAGUGUUCAGCUUUUACUUUUGGAAACAUAGGAAGAAGUCUUUCAACAAAGAAAAAGAACUUUUUACAGAAAUGGACUUUUGAGAACUCACCAUGUGAAACGUACUUUAGUCAAACUGACACAGUGACGAGCUGUCAUCUUUAAACGUGCAUAAUCCUUCUCUGCCUUUUGAGGCAAUCAUACCGCACCUCAGAGAUCCAUGAAAAAUGCAUCAUUCCCAAAGUGUGAGAUGAAACCUUUCAAUCAGAGUGGUUGUCGAACUUUCAGCUGGUCCAGACUCGACAUUUUUCUCUCAGCACUAAUAUUAGCCUUAACCUCUUUCCCGCCCUGCUAUUCUCACUCACUUUGUAUUUGGUGACGAAGCAUAAAGAAACUUGCACACCCUUAUUUCUGAGCCAGUGAAACCUGAGUGGAGAGUACAUGCUGCUGCGGCUUCACAUAAGCAACCACAGAUCACAACUUCAGUGCAUUUUUUUCAAGCCGAUUGAUUUCCCCAUACAAUGCUCAAAGGGAAUGAUGCAACUCUGUUUGCCUUGUUCAGGCCAUUUAUUUUUCUAGUGUUUUUUUUUCUUCUCAAACCAUUGCAAACAAAGCUAAGUAAUGAUAUUAUUCACAUGUCUCUGUCAAUCUUAUGUGGUGGGGGGAGAGUUUUGGGGAUCGUCACAUGUACAGUUAAAACUGAUGGGCGACAAACCGAACCACUUCUGUUACUAUGGAACUGUAAAGACAGAAACACUUCAGUGCACCUCAACUCGUCUGCGGGCAACUCGCAGCUUGGUCUCAGUCUUGGACCCUGUCACUGACAUUGCAGAAGAAACCUCAUGUUGUAAACGUUUCCCAACUGAAUGAAGUCAGCAACCUCCCACCCCCACCUCCCUCCUCCACCCACAAAACACCAUUUCAAGUGAUGUGCAAUAUAAGCCACAGAUUCUACCGUCCGAGCACCCCUACCGUGACCUCUCUAAGGAAAAGAGAAGACUAUAAGGAAUGAUUGAAUCUACCACUACCACCCUUCAACCCCACCCCCCACGAGCGUGUGAGCUCAGGGGAGUAGCAAGCUGGUCUUCAAGCAUCUCCAACCGCAAGAACAUAAAGCACUUCUUCAGCCAGCGUACUCUCCACACCUAUGUCAGUGACUAGUUUCAGGGGAGAGGGAGAGACAGGUGUAUGUGUGUGUCUGUGUGUAAGUGAGUGAGUGCUUGGGGAGAAGGCAUCAAACCAAAAUGAGAUGAGUCUGCUUUCCUUUUUACCACGAAGACCAUAUGACCCUUUUUUUUUUUUUCUUUUUGUCCAAAUUUGCAUUGGUCAAAAAGUAUGGAGCAAAUAUUUGUGAAUCUAUGGUCUGUCGCAGCACUUAGCAGGAGUGUCGCAGCCUGUUACACCCUCAAUGCCAACGAAUACUAGAAAGAAGCAACACUGGCAAAUAAAAACUGAAAAAGUGACAAAAAAGCAAUCUGCUUAGUGGCUUCUCUAUAUACUUAUCUUUUAACUUGGAUGUGAAAAUUUUUUUAAGUCCUUCUUCCCUCAAGUCAGUGGGACCAGGAAGGAUGUCAGCCAUGGUAGCAAAGUGAAGGGGAAUACAAAGAAAGAACUCAAAUGACUGUGAGUGCGGCAGGGAGAGACCCGGGCGCUCAUCAUCACCCUGUUUUAUCAAAGUAAAUAUCACUGUUACAUUGAAAUCUUUAGCCUUGGUGUCAGUAAACGCUCGGUGUGUUUAUGUUCUACUGGGUCCAGCAGGGACGGUCGCCUUCCCUUUCAUCCUUUUUCUUUCUUUCUAUUGAGGCCCCGCCAACCUGUGUGAUAGUGUGGCCACCGAGUGCCUGCCUGCCGCAGAGUGCGUUGCUCUGCGGCAGCCCUCACUCCUCCCUUCCCCUCGCGCUCUGCCUCCCUGCAGAUCCCUACAGACUGAUUUCCCUCCAGGCCUCCAGGCCAAGAGCAGCUCUUUCAGAACUGGCCUGCCUGUAUUAAAUUUACUACUACUGCUGCGCCAGAGUCUCUGCAACCUCCACUUCCGCGCUCUCUGUCUCUCUCCUGCAAGGAUCACUUUAGCCAGAGAUGGAGGCAUUUGAUGUUUUUUUUUGUUUUUGUUUUUUUUUCUUGGUUUCACUUUUGGAAUUGUCAGUGUACAUUUUUAUUUUACUGUUGUAAGAAGUUUGCUGAUAUUGUUGCUGUUAUCAUUGAUGAUAUAGUUAAUGAUUGUUUAUUGGUCUAUAUGCAGUGUUGAGCUUCUCUCCUGCUCCUCCCACUGUGUCCGAUGCAGAAACUGUGUGUAGUUUAGAGGUACGCUUCACCUGUGCAGCAAGGCCAUAGGAAACACUGCAGAUCUCAGAAGGAAAGGCUGUUGGGGGAGUGUUUCGCGUUGGAAUCAGACAGGGGUUUGAAGAUUCAAGUCUAGUGGGAAAGGUUGUGUAGUCAAAGGUUCUGUCCAGGAUGGUGAGCCAGCUUCUUCUGUCCAUCCUGGGGCACCAAGGGGCACCAAACCUCCGCUAUGUGCCGUCUCAUAACACACACAUCCUUUAGUGUCGUUGAGCCUCAUGUACACUGGUGCUUUAUGAUUAACUCUGGGAGCACUCAGUUACACUUAGAACCACCUCAACUGAUAGCAGCCUUCCAUUUCUAUGCAAAGACCUGGAGGUGUUCAUUCAUAGCCAUCUAGAAAAUCACAGCCAUCGUGCACAUCUGCCAGUCUUCACUCAUCUCUCAACCUUUACUAGCAGGCAGCUUCCCUCGAGACCCCCCCUCCCCCCUUGGAUUAACUGUAGGGGACGCUGAAAGAGUCUCUCUUCAAGGCUUUAGUCUCCCACUGUGUGGACAGAUCUACCCGAUGACACUAAAUGACCUGCUGGAGGCACCAGUGGUUGGCAAACAGUCACUUCUUCAGUCUUGUGCCAACUGAUCUACAAAUACCUACUUCCACUUUGCCAUAUCCUAAUUUAUCUUUAGUGUGAUGAGACUUAAGUUCCUUUUCUUGCUGCAGGGGCGUGCACCAUCUGCUCCAGCUGUAGAAGGCUAGAGGAGUAAAAGAGCAGGACAGAUGAACGGUGCUGCUCUGUCACCAACAGGGAACUGGAAGUGUAGUGGAGAACCAAGCUGCAGGAGGAUGUGGGGGUUUGUCCUUGUAUGUGUCUGUGCACUGUUUAUGGGUCACAUCGGGUACAUCUCUUUAAAAACCAAAAACAUUAUCUUCUUCUUUAUCAAGGUUUUCACAAAAACUAGAAACUACAAAAAAAAGGUCUGUUUCAGCUGUGCACUCCGAGGCUGAGAUGCCUGUGUUCUGUUUCCCUGCAAGCUGCCGCCUUCUCACCUCGUCGGGCCUCCCUCUGCAGGCCACAUCUGGGCAAACUGUAUCCAGGAGGUCCGUUCCGGGCCUCCAACCUGAAGGCUGCACCAGCUGAUAUUUAACAGGUCAUGUGCACAUCUGACUUUGGGGUCAGGGUCCCAGCAGGGACCUGGUGUAUCAGCAGAAACAGGGACGCGCCUCAAGUUCGGUACCAAGUCUUAAAACUUAGGGGACUUUCCCUCUUCCAGAGUCGCUUUAGACUCAUGUCAUUCAACAAAACAAUCACUAUUGCCUGUGUUUGUUUGUUUGUUUGUGUGUUUGUUUGUUCCUGAAAACCCGCAUUUACUCCACACUGGACUUGAAUCAAGGAACUGGCGUUGAAGUGGGGAGUUGAAUAGAGUGGGAGGAUGGAUCACUGGGACGGAGGUUGAGUCUCAGAUGUGCCCUGGAUUUCUUGGCGCAGCACCAGCACUGAGAGCCCCGCCCUCUCCCACACCCCACGCCUGCACUCUUAUCUACCUGUCUAGUGUUGGAAAUCAGAUGUGCUCCCUUUUUUUUAAAGUCACAUGGACUUAAAGGCAACUGGAGCUCAAGCAAAAUAUGUUUUUCAAUCACGGAUCAGACAAGGAUCUGGGGCGGGGGCCCUGUAAAGAGUUGAAUUAGCAAAUCUCUCUUUAAAAACAAAGGCCUGGGUUGAAUAUGCACAUGCUAGUUCAUAUACAGUGUACAUCCAAGAGUACAUUAUGGGUGUAUGUGUGUAUAUGGCUAGGUCUCUCUGUUUUCCACUUAGCCUAAGCCUUUACCCCUCCCCCUGCACUGGCGUCAGCUCUUACCCUGUGUAUCCUCCUCAACAAUGUAUUUCCCAGAAGACAAGAUCAUAAACAUAUCAGAGUAAUACAAAAUAAUGAAAACAAAUACUUGAAUCAAAAGAAGCGCCAAUAAUGUAAUGUGAACACUUUUUGUAGUGGUUUUUUUGUCUCAUUCAUACACUUCAGAGAUUUUUGAUAGUGUCAGUUCAGAGUGAAUUAAAUUUGAAAUACGUGUUGUUAAACAAAGCGAUUAUAAAGGCAAAUUUACAUCUGUUGUAUUUGAGUGUUUGCACAAGACUGCUUGUACUGUAUGUGGUUCGAAUGAAUGUUUAGUGUGGUGGCUGAAUAUGUAUGAGUGAUUACAGCGGAGGAGUUUCCUCAUGUUUCUUUUCAAUUCAGUAUACUUUUUUUUUUUUUUUUGGCUUGUCAAAAAUAUAUUCUUAUGUUAAUUAUUACUAGCCUCUAGCAUUGCACUGAGUGUCAGCCUCACCCCUCAUCCAGCUAAAUGGACAACAUGAUACAAGUACUGAGGGGAGACGGGGACAGUUCAUGUGUAAAUGUUUACUCAAGGACUAAAGUAAUUGUGUUUUUAAAAUGUAAUGUUUAUCUACCUUAGUGGCUUCAUUGUGAAAUAAUCCACGAAAGUAUGGAUCAUAAUUGAAUAUUGCACCAUU